UGGAUCAAGAACCCAUCGCAUGGCACUGAGUGUGGAUUAUUUUUCAGGGAAGGACACCAAUGGUUGUCAGUUCUUUGUGACUACCAUAGCCACCCCAUGGCUGGACGGUCACCAUGUUGUCUUCGGCAAGCUGGUUGAAGGGAUGUCUGUACUCUACCACAUGGAGUCUGUGGCUACAGACUACAACAACAGACCCUUACAGGACCUUAUUAUCACCUCCUCCAGUCGUCGACUUGUUAAGACACCUUAUUACAUCACGGACCAGCCUUACAACAUCAAGGACUGGCUGAAGACUAUCAGCAUCCCUCUUCUCCUGGCCUUCUCUAUUGUCUUCAUCUUCCACAGCCUCAUCACAAAACUCGAUGUUCAUAUUUUUGAUGACGAUGGGUCUAUGGAUGAUGAGGCGCCAUGGGAGAGGAAGAAGAGAGAAGGGGAGAUGGAAGAGAAGACAAAACAGGAAGAGGAGAAGAUGAAGGCCCAUGAAGACGGAAAGGAAGAGGAUUUAGGGGAAAAGAAGGGAGGGAAGAUUGAUAAAGAUGGGGAUGGAACGAAGGAAGGAAAGGAUGAUGGAGUGAGAAAGAGAGGUGGGAAAGGCUGGUGAAAGGGAGAGAGGGAGUAUGGAAGAGGAUAUAGGUAAAACACUCGUUCAACACUACUAGUACAUUUUAUUACGACACAUUUCGCCCACGGGAAAGCUUUUCACUCCUACACAGGGCGUAAGACAUUAUCAAUAUAUAUAGAGUAAGAGAAGUCAUGUGUGGAAAAGGUCACCAAUGCUGACCUGUGUAGUAACACCCAGUUGACCAACGCACCUCAUUUGUUGAUACUACCACAUUUCUGGACAGAAACCACUAUCAGUGUUGAUUCCAGGAAUCACUCUCUUUGAUUACUAGCCUGACCUCUCCUUACGUUAUCAAAUAACCAGUAAUUAGUAUGCUUAUAAUGGUAUACAUACCUACAAUAACACAAAUUAUCAUACAUAGUAACAUAUGUGUGAAUUACCCGCCACGAUAACCCAAAGAAAAGUCAGUGACUUAUUUCCACUGUGGUUUUUGUAAUAUCUGAUUAAACCUUAAAGCUAAACCAGCAAGUAACUAAAACAUUUAAACUCCACC